AGGGGAAGUUCACUUGGCCUUCACUUUCAUCACAAAAUGGAAGAAGGAAGAAGAGUCAAACAUCCAUCAAAGUCAACCAUUAUGGUCAAACCUAACUUCAGAAAGGUCCAAGUGGUUUAUUACGUCUCCAAAAAUGGUCAGCUGGAGCACCCACAUAUCGUAGAAGUAACAUAUUUGGUUCAUCACCAGCUUCGUCUCAAAGAUGUGUUGGAGAGACUGAGUGUUCUCAGAGGUAGAGGCAUGCCUUCUCUCUACUCUUGGUCUUGCAAAAGGAUGUACAAGAAUGGAUAUGUGUGGAAUGAUCUGGGGGAGAAUGAUGUAAUUUGCCCAUCAGACGGAGAGGAGUUUGUACUAAAAGCUUCUCAACUUGUACACCACUCACCAGAGGCUCAAAUAGGCGUUCGAAAGAGCAAACAGAUGACACCAAAACGACACACUGAAUUCAACCAAGAGGAAUUGGAUUUCGAAGCGAAGAGAACGAAUGCUCCAUCAAGAUGUUCAAGGGAGGAUGUAAUGAUCUCCACCCACGAAAUGGAAUUACUUCCAAAACCCACCAUCGCCACCACAUUAUCACCACCAUCGCUGUCAACCACCUCCGGCGAAAGCAACUCGACAUCUAAGCGGUUCGAGGAUGGCGAUCCUUAUAAUAAUAAUCCAACUCUCACCCGUAACUCAGUGCUGCUUCACUUGAUGGCAUGCGGUGGCUCAAUGGGGUUUAAAGCAAAAACCGACCAUCAUCCGCCACCCCUCACGGUGGCAGCAGCUAGGAAGAGCAGCAGUAGCAGCUCUAGCAGUUUGCAUAAAGGUGUUUUGUGUAAGGCGGCGGUACAGCAGGCGGUGGCGGUGGUGGAGGAUGAGAUAUGCUGCAUGUCGGAGAAUCCACGUUUUGGGAAUUUGCAGAGGGGAGAAAGGGAGUAUUUCAGUGGCAGCAUCGUGGAGACGAUGACCGAAGAGAGAGUUCAAGUCGAACCCAUAUUGAACAAGUCAAGUUCCUACAAAGAAGAAAGAAGGUCCACGGCAACCAUGGCAGUGGCAGAAGAGGAGGAAGACAGGAAGAGAGAGAAGGCAGUGGCAGGGAAAUGCAUACCAAAGAGAUUUUGUUCAAAGCCCACCAAGAUUUGACAAGGCGAUGCUAUGUCAUAUUAUUGUU